AUGAGGAAAAAGGUGUGCAAGUUUUUCGCUCUGGGUACUUGUACCCGUGGGCAGGCCUGCACAUACAGUCAUGAGGUCGCCUCUUCUGGCAGUCUUCGACCAGGAGCGGCGCCCUUUGUACUUUCGCCACCUUUUACCGCUUCGCCGAUCUCGCCUGCUGAGACCAAUGGGAUUCCGUGCCGCUUCCAUUUGCUUGGGCGUUGUAACAAGGGCAUUGAGUGUCUUUACGAACACUCGAAAGAAAACAUAUUGACCUCGAGUGACAAACAAAAGGCGCAACCCGAAGCCAUUAAUGCGCCACCCGAGCCGAUUCACGUUCGAGACACGAAGAUUGAGAAUUCCGCCAUCGCUGCGGCUGAACAGUCUUCGCGGGAAUUCGAAGCACGCAAUCUACAAGGUGCAUCCGCCAUGUUCGGUCCCGGAGCCCAGAUUCAUGAGUUGGAGUUUCCAUCAGAAUUUUCCGCUGUCCAGGUGACUUCUCUGCAGCCGGGUUGUGACGCAGAAUUUUUUCAAGGCUUCAUGGCUGCGCUUGGAGAGACUGUCCCUCCCUCAUGCAUACGUGUAAAGACUGUGACCAAACCUCCUUCGACUGUUGCCAGUGUUAGACUCAAGGACCCAGGAUUUGCACAGAGACUGAAAAUGAAGGCCGACGGCGGUGUCGAGGAAAAUCGUACCUCUGAAAUCUCUGUCAGUAUACUGCAGGUUGGGAUCAAAUCUGAGUCAUCCGCGAACCGGCUCCAGAUGAGCACUGUAAGCUGCACCUGGUACAAGCCUUCGCGAACCGCUUGGCUGCACUACAACAACACCGGCAAAGCUAGAGCUGCUGAAAAUUUCGUUGCGGGCAGAGAUUUUAGAAUUGCAGGACGCAAGAUCCAGGCCACUCUCCAAAUCCCCGAACAUAACUUUCGACAUCGUGAAACUACCAUUAUCUCUGUGCAACUUGGAAAUCUAGACGCCUCCACGUCACAGCCUAUGAUCGAACGACACAUACCCGGCCAUCUUACACCGGUGAACGUGGUCAUGGGCAAAGUUUCGUAUUCGACGUCAUCACACGAAGCUGAAGAUUCUGUCAAAGCUCUACUCAAUAGUGUCGGCCCUUUGGCGGCCUGGGAGCCUACUUCUAUCAUGAGCGCUACGCAGGUAAAAGCGAUCGCACGUUUCCAGACAGCAGAACAUGCGCGGAAAGCUGUCAAUCAAUUGAGUGGGCAGAAAAUGCCCCAACUGGCCAAUUCCAGACUCUUCAUUCAUCCCCUGAUAUCUGUCAGAUUCAAUGUCCCAAAAGCUAUGUGCAGUGCGAUUCGAGGAGACGUUGACCACCUCAAAUCUCAAAUCUGGGACGCUGGACAUGUGCAUAUCAAAGCCUAUCUGCCCGUAGACCCCACGCAGAAGCUCAUAGCGCUUCGAUUGUACGGAGGGGAUGCAAAGGCCGUUGCAAAAGCAAAGACUGCCUUCGAGAAGAUUCUGGCUGGUGAUGUGGCAAUGAAUGGAGAUUUCGGGAUAUGGGAUGACCUUUUUACCCAGCCUGGGGGCCUGGCGUACCUCAGAGAAUUGAGUCACACCCAUCAAGGGUAUAUCUACAGGGACAUGAGGAAGCAUCGUCUUUCUCUUUACGGAUCGGCUGGCAGCAAAGAACAUAUCCGAAGCGCGCUGAUUGAAAAGCUGAAUAACCUCACGGAGAUGACCCACUACAUUUCGUUGAGCGCCGAAGACCUCAAGAAAGCGCUGCACGGGGGUUUUCGCCGCAUUGUAGCGACACUCGGCAAGCAAAAGGCCAGUCUUGAUAUCCGGCAACGACCGCAGAUCAUUACUAUCACUGGCUCGGCUCGUGAUUUGGAGACAGCACGGGCGCUCCUCGACCCAGACGUCGCGAGUGAUCUCGAGGAUUUGGCCUUUGACAAGGAUAUCGACCAGUCUGACUGUGCGGUAUGUUGGACGGAAGCAGAAGAUGCCUAUCGUACGCCCUGCGGCCAUGUCUACUGUGGAACCUGCUUUGCCAGUCAGUGUUCCUCAGCUGGCGCGGGAGACCUGCCAGUGCGCUGUUUCGGUGAUUCGGGAAACUGUUUACGAGUGUUCGAGAUGCCCGAAAUCAAGAACGCACUACCCGCCGAAGCUUUCGAACAAUUGCUCGAAGACUCAUUCACCACACACGUACGGACCAAUCCCCAAAGCUUCCAAUACUGUCCCACCCCGGACUGCCAACAGAUCUACCGCAUCUCCCCCGACGGCGUCACCUUCACCUGUCCCGCCUGCCUGACCCCCAUCUGCACCACCUGUCAGAUCACCAGUCAUGACGGUCUGACGUGUGAAGCCUACAAGCGCAUCGGGACGGAAGGGAACGAGGAGUUUCGGAUUUGGAAGCGGGAGAACGACGUCAAGGAUUGUCCCGUGUGCAAAGUGCCGAUCGAGAAAUCCUACGGCUGCAAUCAUAUGGAAUGCAGGAAUUGCAAAACGCAUAUCUGUUGGGUUUGUUUGGAGACGUUUGACCAGGGGGUGAAAUGCUACGCGCAUAUGCAGGAGGUGCAUGGGACUCUUUAUGAGUAG